UGGAGCGGUCCCGGCGUGUUUCCGCUUCCAGGGCGGGCAGCGGCGGUUCCGGCGGGUGACCCUGCCGAGUCCUUCUGUGCGGCGGCAGCGGGGCCAUGGGGCUGCGGGACAGCGUCGUUCACGCCGGGGAGCCCGAGGAGGAGGAGGAAGAGCUGGUGGAUCCUUUAACCACGGUGCGGGAGCAGUGUGAGCAGACGGAAAAAUGCGUGAAGGCGCGGGAGCGGCUGGAGCAGUGUGAUGCACGGGUGUCCUCCAGGUCCCAUACGGAAGAGCAGUGCACAGAGGAGCUGUUUGACUUCCUGCACGCCAGGGACCACUGCGUUGCUCACAAACUCUUUAAGAACCUGAAGUGAAGGCAGGCGCCAUUGUCCAUCUGCUUCGACCCAUGUUGGUGGUUCCUGGAUUCACAGUUCUGCUCCUGCCCGUUCCUGGCAGCAGCCAAGCAUCAGCCUGUCUCUGCGUCUGUUCUUGUGGAUGAUGUGCAGCUAUGCAAAAACCACGUUGAUGUUCUGUAGUUUUCCAUAUUAAACAUUGAGUUCCCAUGGAAA